ACCUCCUCCUCCGCUCCGGACCCCGCGCUCCUCCCGGGACCUCCUCCUCCGCUCCGGACCCCGCGCUCCUCCCGGGACCUCCUCCUCCGCUCCGGACCCCGCUCUCCUCCGCUGGCCGCUAUGCGUCCCGUCGCCCCCCGGCCCCCGCUGCCCGCGCUCCUGGCCCUGCUCUGGGCUCUGCUCCCAGGGCCUGGAGGUGCCCAAACAUCAGUGCACCCCAAGGCAGUCAUCAUACCCCGGGGCGGUUCGGUGGUGGUGAACUGCAGUACCUCCUGUGAGCAGCACAAACUGCUGGGUCUGGAGACUGUUUUGAAUAAGAAAGAAGUGGCCAGCGGGUCCAACUGGGAGACCUAUGAACUGAGUUCCGUACAAGAAGACACCACUCCCUUCUGCUACUCCACCUGCAACAACAACGAACAGUCACAAGCUAUAAUGUCCCUCACCGUGUACUGGCUCCCAGAGCGAGUGGAGCUGGCACCCCUUCCCCCAUGGCAGCCUGUGGGCGAGAACCUCACCCUCCGGUGCCAGGUGGCGGGCGGGGCGCCCCGGACCAACCUCUCGGUGAUGCUGCUCCAAGGGGAGAAGCUGCUGAGCCUGCCGCAGCCCGCGGGGGCGACGCCUGUGGCCGAGGUCACGGCCACCGUGCUGGCACGCAGAGACGACCAUGGCACCAAUUUCUCCUGCCGCACAGAACUGGACCUUCGGCCCCAAGGGCUGGGGCUGUUCCAGAACAGCUCAGUCCCCAGGCAGCUCCGGACCUUCGUCCUGCCAGAGGUCCGCCCACACCUCGCUGCUCCCAAGAUCCUGGAAGUGGGCACACGGGCGUCCGUGACCUGCACCAUGGAUGGGCUGUUCCCGGUCUCAGAGGCCCAGGUCCACUUGGCCCUGGAGGACCAGAGGCUGGAACCCAGAAUCGACCGCAGCAAGGACUCCCUCUUGGCCACCGCCCGGGUGGAGGCGACCCCGGGGGAGGAAGGCAGCCACCCGCUGACCUGCGCAGUGAGCCUGGGAAACCAGAGACGGAGCACUCAGGAGUAUGUGACCAUCUACAGUUUCCCAGCUCCCAACCUGACCCUGAGUGAGUCUGAAGUCCCGGAGGGGACUGAGGUGAGCGUGGAGUGCAAGGCCCAUGCUGGGGCUGCGGUGACGCUGAGCUGGGGCCCAGAUGGGUCUCCACUUCCGAGGGCCCAAACCACGCUGAAUGCCACUGCUGAGGACGACGGGCGAGAAUUUUUGUGUUCCGCCAUGCUGGUGGUGGCCGGGGAGGAGCUGCACAAACACAAGACCCAGAAGCUCUCUGUCUUGCAUGGCCCCCGCCUGGACCAGGAGACUUGCCCAGGAAACUGGACUUGGGAGGAAGACACCCCGCAGACCCUGAGAUGCCAGGCCUUGGGGAACCCGACCCCCACGCUGGCCUGUCGCCGGGAAGGGGAUAGGGCGUUGCUGCCCAUCGGGGACCUGAGGCCUGUCACGCGGGCUAUUUCGGGCACCUACGUGUGCCGGGCCACCAGCAGUCGCGGUGCGGUCACCCACGAAGUGGUUGUGAAUGUGAUCUAUCGCCAGAGUAACCUGGCCACCAUCCUUGCGGUGGCAGGCCUCAUUGUGGGCCUCGCGGGCACAGUGGGUCUGGCCGCUUACCUCUAUAACCGCCAGCGGAAGAUCCGGAAGUACAAGCUACAGAAAGCCCAGGAGCAGGCCGCCAUGAAGCUGAACUCGCCACCCUGAGCCUGUCCCCGGACAGGGCCUCCCCCGGUGGCAGCAGUGUUGCAUUGGACAGUGGCAGACACAUGCCAUUCAGCAGCACCCACCUUCCUAGAAUGCCAGGAGUCAGGACAGAGGCCUCAGCCAGAAUACAGACAGCGUUCAGGGCCAUGGCACCUGCACACAGCGGGCACGCCUGACCUGUAGCCACAGGGCUGAGCCAAGACUCAGGGGCAAGACUAUGGGCAUGACUGUGAGGGAUGCCAAAGGCUGGCCUGGCCAGAGGGGUGUGACGGAGACAUACCUCUGACAUGGGGACACCCAUCUGGAAAAUAUGGAAACUCACCUUCCCGAAAGUGCCAAAGGCCCUACAGUCCUAAGAGAGAAGCAGCCCUGCCCAGACACAGGCAGCAUCGAAGCAAAUCCCCACAGUUCCUCUGACAGCUCUGACAGUGCUGUCUACUGACUGGCCCCAGCGCUGGAUGAUGACAUAUUUAUUCAUUUGUUCUUUUAUCAGACAUUUGUAAAUAGUAGUGGGGUUUUUUCAUUGAUUUUUCACAGAGAGGAAGGGAGAGAUGAGAUCCUGCACAUCCCCACCCCCUCACGCCCCACUGGGACCCAGCCGUAACCCUGAGGUUGCCCUGACCUGAACAGAACCAGUAACCUCCUGGUGGAUGGGACAACGCUCCAUCCAAUGAGCCACACCGGCUGGGCUAGUUACCAGAUAUUUAUUAGUGCCUUCCAUGUGUGGUAGAAUGGUAAACAAGAGGAACAGAAGUCCCUGCCCUCAGGAAGCUCAGUCUAAUCUCAUGCAGGGUCACCAGGUCCAGAUGUAUUGGCUGUGCCUUGCACAAGAGUGCCUUACAAAAAGCCCACGUGGGGUGGAAUUUCCCACUCCAUUGGCCAAACUGCUUCCCCUCCCAGCAGGGAAACCAGCACGGUUCAGCUGGUGACAGGGCAACCCACUGGCGCUGACCUCUGUUAGCCACCUCCACCCACAUGCCCUCCGCUAGUGCUCACAGUGACGCCUGGUGACAUGCUUCAACACGUGUCCACUCUCUGAGAGCGAAACCGUAGGAUCCCAUGAAACUAUGCCCAACCCGCGGGUCCCUGCUUUGUCCUCUCCUUGGGACCGUGUUCCAGCAGCUCCAAAUUCCUGAGGGCCCUGCAGACAGCUGGGGUGGGGCUGAUUUCCAGCUCUUCUGGAAGCCUCUCCCUUGGGUUAAAGCUUUUUUUCACAGGCCCGGCCUCUGGUGCGUUGAGGCGAUGUGCCCCGUCCAGCUGGAGUUCUUCCUAGCUGUCCUUCCACAGCCCUGCCCUACUUCCUCCCCCCAAGGAAAGGCUGAUGUUCAAGGCCCAUCCCAGAGGCCCGAAACCAAAUCUGGGUUUAUGUGUAACGUUGGAGACUCUGGGGGGAAAAUUAAAGACCUCUCUGCAAAAAAACAAAAAAAAAC